CGCGGCAGAGGGCGACGGGAGCGAGAUGGAGGGCGAGCAGGGGAGCUCCGUCGACUCGGAGGCGGUCGCGGAGCGCAUGCAGCAGGAAUUCUUCCGCCUGAUGGACGGGGGCGGCGGCGAGGACCUCAAGGAGCCCGAGGGGGCCGAGGAGGAUAGCCUGGGCCGACGGCGGCUCGUGGGGCGGCAUGGGCGGACGGCGUCUCGGCGGGCGGCAUCGGCGGAAAACGUGGAAUGGUCCAACAGGCCGCCUGGGAGGCCAGCAGGCGGCGGCCCUCAAGGUCAGCGGGGACCGCUGGAAAGGAACGAGGGAAGGUUGGUGAAGCGGGACUUCGGCUGAGGCUGGGCCGCGAGCCGGCACCGUCAGAAACCAGGUGGGCUGGUUGAAGUUCUGGGCCCGUGGAUGGGAUUCGGGGUCCGCCUGAAACCCCCCGCCCUUGGGCGGUGCCUCCACCCCGCGCUCAAUCGCGGUGUGCGGGGGGCCUCGCUCGCGCGCGCUCAGCAGCGCGCGCGGCCUCGCUCGCGCGCUGCUCAGCUUGGGGACCGUGCCGUGACACGGCCCCGCGCCGCGUCAGAGAGCGUCAGACAGCGUCGUCAUCGUCGUUGUCGUUCGUCGUCGUCGUCGUCGUUCGUCGCUCGUCGUCGUCUUCGUCGCGGAUAAUCCAGGUGCUUCUCUUAGCGAGCAUGACCGCC